GCCUUUCAAGUCCGCGUUCCCUCUGUCAUAGAACCCGCACUCAUCUUUGUCCUUGCUCAAUCAAAUCUUUUUUUUUUUUUUUUCUGAAUUUACGCUCAAAUUUCUUCUUCAGUCCUCAAAUUUCCGUCAAAAUUACUUCCUGGAUCUUUCAAAGCGGCAGCUACCCCUCUUAAUUCGAUGUACUCAACGUACAUCUUCAAAAUUGGUGUGGAGGGCUCAAAAUUCCAAGUUUGAAGCAUCGUAUUGUUCGUUUUUUGCUGCUUUGAAGAUUAUAUUUUCGCUUGGAUAGCAGAGGAUUGGCUGUAAAUUUAUCGGGUUUUGAAUGCUGCGGACUGCUCAAAGUUCGACUCUUUCUGAUGCGUGUUUCUGACCUUCGAAUUCGCUAAUUUGGACCAAGUGGUAUCUCUUCACGCUACAAAUUCGAACGAUUUUAGCCAAAAUUUUUGUAGUUUUUUGACUGCCGCGAGGUGCUGGCAGUUCUUUCUUUUUUUUUUUUAAAAAAAAAAGUGAUUUCAGGGGUUACUGAGUAUUUUAGGGUUUGGAAAAGUUUCGAUGGACUUUCAGACCGUGGAUAGUCGUGGUUUUUGUUACGCGGGUUUUUGAAGAUUAUCCCCCUUUUUUAUGUUUGCCGAGUUCAUUUCUAGUGGUUGCAAGAGUUUUUGAAGAGUUGCAAUGGACUAUGGGCUUUCUGAUAGUAGUGGUACUGAUGAUGAUCUUCCACCAUCUCAUCGAAAUAGAUUCCAGAGUGGGGUACGACCUGCUGGGAAUGGAAGAUCUACAGCAGUUGGUUCUUCUUCAUUACCAAGGGUUCAUAGUGAUAUGGAAACUCAAAUACACAACAUUGAGCAGGAAGCGUACACUUCUGUCCUACGGGCAUUUAAAGCACAAUCUGAUGCCAUCACAUGGGAAAAGGAGAGUUUAAUUACAGAACUCAGGAAAGAGUUAAGGGUAUCAGAUGAGGAGCACAGGGAGCUCUUAUCCAGGGUUAAUGCUGAUGACAUGAUCCGCAGAAUAAGGGAAUGGAGAAAGACAAACGGGCUUCAACCUGGCAUGCUGAGCACAGCCCAGCCUGCUCAUGAUCCCACACCUAGUCCUACUGUUUCAGCAUCCCGCAAGAAACCGAAAGCAUCACAAUCGGUCGCUUCAUUGUCCAUAGGUGCACCUUCUCCUGCUUUGCCAUCUGCGCAACCAUCUUCAUCAGCCCUGAGACGGGGACCUCCACCAGGGCCUAGAAGCAAGAAACCCAAAUCAUCCAUGCAGUACACUUCUACAGGUUUGACUGGAAGAGCACAAGCUGCUAUUCGGAGUUCUUCAGGUGCAUUUGCCCCAAAUGAACCUGCAGAAGCUACCAGUUAUGAUCCAUUGAUUGGAAGGAAAGUCUGGACUCGGUGGCCCGAAGAUAACCAAUAUUAUCAGGCUGUUAUAACCGACUACAAUCCAGUUGAGGGGAGGCAUGCCUUGGUUUAUGAUAUUAAUACAGUGGAUGAAACAUGGGAAUGGGUUAAUCUGAAAGAGAUAUCUCCUGAAGAUAUUAGGUGGGAGGGUGAGAACCCGGGAAUUUUUCAUAGAGGUAGUCGGUCUGGUCCUGGUCCUGGUCCUGGUCGUGGGAAUAAGAAAGCUAUGGCUCGUGGUGGGGCACUUGCUGGUGCAGGAAGAGGUAGAGGGACUAUGAAGGGACCGUCUAGAAAAGAUAUUCCAUUAUCACAAAAUGGUAUUGGAAAAAAGGCUUUAGGGGAUAUUGAGAUACUUCACACAGAUACUCUAAUCAAGGAGGUGGAAAAAGUUUUUGGCACUAACCAUCCAGAUCCAAUGGAAAUUGAGAAAGCAAAGAAAGUGCUUAAAGAACAUGAACAAGCACUAGUUGAUGCAAUUGCAAAGCUUGAAGAUGCAUCUGAUGGUGAAAGCGCAAUGGAUUAAUUUUAUUGAUUGUGAAAUCAAUACAAUCUGUUCUGUUCUUUCUUUUUUUUUUGGUAAAAAGCAGAUGGAGAGCAUCCAUUUUCCCAUGGACAAUCAAUGGACCAAGAUCGAGUAUGGAGAAAGCGGCCGUAUGAUGAGAUGGGUGGUGAAGGUAGAGUAUCAGAUAGCAACAAAAUGGCAAGAGGUGGUAGAGUUGGAUCAGUUGAACAUCAAGAUGAUGGCGAUGAUAUAUAGUGUCGUAGUCUUAUUGCUGAUAUAAUGACCCUUUUUGUAUGGUAGGACUAAUUUAAUGACCAGCCCAGCGUAUGUAGUCCCUGGCUUAUAGUCUUCUGGUUAGGUAGGAGUUUGGCUCCGUUGUAAUUUUGAUUUCAUUAGAUGUUGGAAAUUACUAGUGUAAAUUAUGUUGGCUCGGUGAAUAUCAUUUCUCUGUAAAAAUCCCUUUAAAAUUGGUCAUCUAUGCAAGAAGUUACAAGAUUACAAA